AUGAGCCUCACGCGCAUCAACAUCGCGCCCACCUGCCGCACCUUUGCAUCGGGCGUUCCCGCCGCUCGUGUCGCCUUCAACCUCCCUCCCAAGGCCGACCACCACGCCGGUCCCCGCGCCGACAUGCCCGCCAAGUUCUCGGGCACUUUCAUGAAGCGUGUCAACGCUCCCCCGUCAGGUGCCUUCGUUGCCCAGCGCAGCAUGCACACCUCGACCCGCGCGCUCGCCGGCCGUUCGCAGGCUACCGGUGUCCCCGACUUCACUCCUUACAAGACCUCGAACGCCGACUCGAACCGCACCCUCUCCUACUUCAUGGUCGGCACUCUUGGUGCCCUUGCCGCCUCUGGCGCCAAGUCGACUGUGACCGACAUCCUCUCCAACAUGGCCGCUUCCGCUGACGUUCUUGCGCUCGCCAAGAUCGAGGUUGAGAUGGGCUCGAUCCCUCUCGGCAAGAACCUCAUCGUCAAGUGGCGUGGAAAGCCCGUCUUCAUCCGUCACCGCACGCCCGACGAGAUUGCUGAGGCCAACGACGUUGACGUCAAGACGCUCCGUGACCCCGAGACCGACGAGCAGCGCACCCAGCGCCCCGAGUGGCUCGUCAUGCUUGGUGUCUGCACCCACCUUGGAUGCGUCCCCAUCGGUGAGGCUGGUGACUACGGUGGUUGGUUCUGCCCCUGCCACGGAUCCCACUACGACAUCUCGGGACGUAUCCGCAAGGGCCCCGCCCCCCUUAACCUCGAGAUCCCCGAGUACUCGUUCAACGACGACGAGGAGAAGAUUGUCGUCGGUUAG